UAAUGCAACACUGCGUUUUUAAAAACUAUUGUGAAUGGUCACUUAAAAAAGAACGCCAGAUUGUUCAGAACAAAAGCAGCCACCUUGUUUCGUCAAUCGUGUAAAAUUUAUUGAAAACAAAUAUUUGGAAUUACAAAUUGUGCACAACAUAUUGUAAAAAUGAAAUCAAACUUGACAGAGAAAUGGAUAGUCUGUCGAGUCUGUUUAAAACAACCAAAAGAGACGAUGAACACUAUUUUUGACACCAACGACAACAAUGAUUUAACACAAAUGAUACUUGAAUGUGGCGGUGUACCAAUAAAAAAGUUUGAUCAUUAUCCGGAUAAGAUAUGUGGCAGAUGUCUACGUUAUUUACGUGUAGCAUAUAAAUUCCGUGUAAUGUGCCAACGUUCCCACAAACAUUUAAGUCGUUUCAUCGCGCCAGUUGUUGUGGAGCGGAUACCAAUCGACACAAAUGAUUUAAUAGCUGAAGAGUCAGACGCAAUGGAAUUGAAAAUGGAACCAGAUGCUAUAAUCAAUAUAAAAGAAGAACAAAAUGAACUUAUAGAUGAAGAAGAUAUUAUGGAUAUGUAUGAACCGCUUGAAAUUGAUAAUGUCGAAGAGUUCGAUGAAAUAGACAAUGUUGAUGAAUUUAUUGAUUGUGAAGAAAUCAAUAUUGUUGAAGCUGUCAUCACAGAAGAAACAGAGUACUUAGAUGAUAUUGUAAAAGCAGAAACAGAAGGCGAGGGACAAAUAGAAUAUGCGGGUAACACAUCAGAUGCAGAUUAUGUACCAAAUGAAAAAGUUAAACCAGAAAAACGCGGUAGGAAACCAAUCAAUAGAAAUGACGAAAAUUCAUUGAAGGCAAGCACCAGUCGAGGUGUACAAAAAACAAAGACCACUAAAUCACCAAAAAGAGAACCAAAACGUAAAUACAAAUCAAAAGAAUGUAUACAAUACAUAUGUGAUAUAUGCGGUAAUAUAUAUCCUUCACAAGGACGACUUACAGAGCAUAUCAAAUUGCAUAAAGGAAUAAAACCUCAUGAUUGCGAGUAA